AUGGCAUACGAGCCGUCACAAAACAUGGCGAACCCAGGAUUGCGGCCAAGACUUGAUCAAGCCGCAUUCAACUUGACCCCAUCGCAAGCAGCGACAACAGCAUACGUUCCCUCGAUGGCAGACACUUCUGUAGCUACAGACGAGCAAGAGCAUCACAAUUACCCCACGGAUACAUCGAAUACGCACGACAACACCGCGGACGAUAGCAGGAGUAGGUCAUCGAAAUACACCUAUCGCAGCGAGAUUGACGCUGGACGCUUCAUAAAGCGAAUCGGAGGACGAGCGUACAACACUCUGAGUGAAACAUAUUUUCUUCCAUCAGACGAUGACGAGUGGAGCAGACUAAAUAAGCAACAUGUUGCUCUCGUACUCUCCCUUGGAGAUCUUUACCCUGCAGUGGAAGAAGUUCGCGCACUUCUGGCACCCGUUCCCGGCCAAACAAAGAGAAUAUUGGAUUUAGGGGUUUGGGCAAUGGACAUGGCACGUGAGUUCCCAGAGGCCGAAGUUAUUGGCGUGGACCUCGCUCCUGUCCCAGCCGACCUCGAUACGAUGCCUCCCAACUGCCGGUUCGAGAUUGACGAUAUCAAUCUUGGGUUGGACCAUUUCAGAGACUCUUUCGACGUCGUGCAUAUGAGGCUCGUAGGCAGCGGCCUCAAAAACUUUCGAAAAACCAUGGAUGAUGGUCACCAAUGCUUGAAGCCUGGAGGUAUCGCGCUCUGGAUGGAUGUCGACUAUGACAUGUAUGCGGAGGAUCAGCAUGUAUACCUGCCAUUUGCCCUCGAAGAAGAUGAGGACAAUCCAGAUCAGACUGACCGAUCAUGGUUCCAGCGCAUCGUCUAUGGCAAGUAG